AUGCCACUUAUGACAAUACAUUCAUUAUAUUUACAUUGGCCAUUUCAUUAUCGUCUUUGUUAUAUAUGGAUGUCAAUUGAUUUUACUUGUUCAACAGCAUCAUUUCUUACACUUGCUUCUAUGGCUUUAGAUAGAUAUUGGGCAUUAACUACACCUUAUUUUCAUUUACGUAAUCGUUCUUUAUCAUCUGUAUUAAUAUUUAUAAUUAGUUCAUGGGCUAUUCCAUUUGCCAUAUGGCCAAGUUCAAUAUUGAUUUCACAUUAUUAUAGCAAAAAGGAACCAAUAUGUGUUCAUCCAGCACCACCAUUUAUCAUUGUUCUAUUAUGUACAUUUUUUUAUUAUAUACCACUUUUAUUUAUGCUUGCUUGUUAUUCAAGAAUUAUAAUCAAUAUAAAAAAUAUUGAAGUAUUAAUCAAAGAUAGUUGCGAUACAAUGAAUUUAAAUUCAUCUGGUCAUGCUUUAAAACCAUCAACUAUGACAACAACAUCAAAUUAUGAUGGUUCUGCUCGUAAUGAUAAAAGUAGUAAUACAACAACAGUAACAACAUCAAUUUCAUCAAUACGUACUCGUUUUUAUAAAUAUUUUCAACGAAAUAGAACAAUAAAUUCAGUUAGAAAAGAAUCUUUACCUGCCAAUGAAAAAAAAUUUAUAAUACAUGAAGUAGUUAAAAAUCGAAAAAAUUCAAAUGAAUAUCAUCAUAACACAAAUCCAAAACGACGAUCAAUUGUCGUUGGUCAAGGUAGAACAUCAAAUGUGAUACUAGCAAAAACAUCAUCAACAUCAUCAUUGUCAUCAGUACCUCAUCAUCGUUUAUAUCGACAACCAAGAACAGCAGCAUUCAAAGGACAAAAACGUUAUUUCAACGAUAUUAUUGAAGAUAAUAGAUUAAAAAAUGAUUUAAUUAUUAAUCACGAAGAAGAACAAAAAUUAGUUCAAGCAUAUAUGAACACUUAUAGAUUAUCAUUACCAGCUACUCGUUAUGAAUCAUGUUGUUAUUAUCAACAUUCAGUUCCUACGCAAACAAUAAUAACAAAAGCAAUUGUUGAAAAUCAACAUCGAAAUAUUAUUAAUGAUCAUCAAUAUGAAAAUUCACAUCCACAUUCUUUACCAAGACAACGUAGUCAAUCAUAUUCACCAUCAUCUAUUGAAUAUCAUGGUAAUGGUGGUAUUAUAGCAGCAGAUGGAUCAAGACAUGAUUCAUCAUGUGACAAUUCUGUAGAUGAAGAACAUCGUCGUUUAAAUUCUCGUACUCAACAAUUAUGUUUAUCGAAAACACGUAAUACAAGUCGUUAUAGUCGACGUGCUAUAGCAGAAUUUAUGCAUCAAAGGCAUCAGGCAUGUUUACGACGAAAUCAAAAAGCAAGUCGAAUGCUCGGUAUUUUACUUGCUGUUUUUCUUAUUUGUUGGCUUCCCUUUACAAUAUCUUAUCCAACAUCAAUAAUUUAUCCAAAUAAAUUUCCAAGUGGUCUUGAAUGUAUUAUAUUUUGGUUUGGCUAUGUUAAUUCAUUAUUAAAUCCAUUUUUAUAUGUAUAUAGUUCACGUAAUUUUCGUCAAGCUAUUACUGAAACAUUAUGUUGUCAUGUUCGAUUGCAAUCACAACAACGUUUACGCUAUCAAUGGUCAUUUCGUACUGCUCAGAAAUAG